AUGGUUGAAGGUGAAAAUGUUGAAGUUGCCGUCGACGUUCCGGCCUCCGGUAGCAUCGAGGAGGCUGCCAAACCCGCCGCGAUCAAGAAGACCAAAUCGGCCAAAGAACCUCGGAAGGCAACCGCCAAGUCCGGCAAGGACUCUUCGCAGGAAGUGCAGCCCUCGACGAGCGCCAUGAUUGUAGCAGCGAUCAAGGCCCUCAAGGAUCGUAAGGGUACCUCGCUCCAGGGCAUCAAGAAGUAUAUGGCCGUUGAGUUCAAGCUGGAUGUCGUCCGGAAAGCCAUUUACAUCCGGAAGGCGUUGCUGAAGGCCGUCGAAGCCGGUCAGCUGAUUCGGGUAAAGGGUGUCGGAGCUCACGGUUCUUUCAAGUUAGCCGAGACUACCAAGAAAGAAGCCCCGAAACCGAAGAAGACUACGAAAACCGUAAAGAAAGCGAGCGAGAAACAAAAGCAGAAGAAGAAGGAAUCAUCCUCCAAGAAAGUGAACGAGAAAACCAAGAAAAAAGAAAAACCUUCCUCGGUGAAGAAAACCGCCGAAAAGAAGAAAAAAGAAUCCAAGCAACCGGUGAAAGCUAAGAAGUCUGCUCCGCCAGCUGCUUCCGCCAAACAGAAGCCUGUCAAGCCAUCGAAGUCGGCGGCGGUGAAAAAGCCAAAGACUCCGAAACCGAAAAAGAUCGAACCAAAGCUAGCUAAGCCGUUGAAGAAGACUGCUUCGAAAAAGUCUACAAAAUAG